AUGCUCGAUGAACUAGCCGCUGCUGGUGAUAUAUUCAAAGAGGCACUAAAGCGGUACCACAGAACCUGCUUCGAUUUACAAAAAUCAUGUAUCACUCGUGGUUUGGAAGUGAAGCUCCCGGACGAACUCUCAAGUCGAGUGGUCCAAGAGAUGGAAUUAUUUUCUUUCUAUGAAUCAACGCUACGAGAUGCCAGGUCUGCGCUGGGCUAUGUACGAAAACACACCAUCCUUUACACCAAUAACGCUCUCCCACGCGAGAUUAUAUCUCAGAUAUUUGGUCUUGUGGCAACUGAAGAACACUCUAAUCUUGAAUACGAAGAAUAUACUGGAGCAAUCCGUAUUGUAUCAUUAAAAGUCCUGACUCCCUAG